AUGCCUAUACGUCUACCAGAAAAGGAUUAUUCACCAAGCGUGCCCUGGAAUUUCGACGUUAUUGACCAAAAGAGUACAAUGACUUCAAUUACUGCCGAAAACACGAGUCGUUUUGUGACAAUUAAUGAAAAUGGAGCCAUCUUGCAAGUGCACUACAACGAUUGUGGUAAAGGUGAAGAAACAGUCAUAAUGCUUCAUGGGUCCGGUCCUGGCGCUUCUGGAUGGGCCAACUUCCACAGGAACGUUGAACCACUUGUUAAAGCCAGAUAUCGAGUAUUACUCAUUGAUUUCCCUGGCUGGGGCAAAAGUGACUCAAUUGUCAAUUCGGAAUCUCGAGCAGCGUUGAACGCUCGAGUUGUAAAGGCUAUCGUCGAUGAGCUUCGUCUCUCCAAAGUCCAUUUGGUAGGGAACUCUAUGGGCGGGCAUAGUUCUGUUGCUUUUACUCUGGAAUACCCCGAAUAUGUUGGUAAACUCGUUCUUUUGGGUGGUGGGACAGGCGGUGUCAGUCUUUUUGCACCCAUGCCAACAGAAGGAAUGAAGCGUGUCACUGAACUGUAUCGAAAUCCCACUUUGGAGAACCUGAAAAAGUUCAACGACAUUUUCGUGUACGACAGCUCGGCACUUACAGAGGAUCUGUUACAACUACGUCUGGAAAACAUGCUUUCUAGAAAGGACCAUCUGGAGAAUUUCCUGAAGAGUUCUAUUUUGAAUUCUAAGCAAUUUCCAGAUGUAACUCCAAUUCUUCCGGACAUUCAGAAGGAAACCUUGAUUAUCUGGGGUCGCCAGGAUCGUGUCAUGCCAGUGGAUGGUGCACUGCGACUCGCAGCAGGGAUUCCAAAUUCAGAAGUCCAUUUGUUCAACAAGUGCGGCCAUUGGGCCCAAUGGGAGCAUGCCGACAGAUUCAACGACAUUGUGAUAGGUUUUUUGAAGACAUAA